AUGCCAAAACCGAUAUUCGUUUUUGGCCAACAUAUUGAUGGUGGUAGUGAUAUUAACUCAAAAAACGCUAGUAAUGAUGUGGUGACCGUUACACCCUCUUGGCAUAUUCGUUUUUCCACAUUACUUCAUGAAGCAUCGUCGAUAUCUCCUGAGUUACGUAUCCGAUGGACGAGUCCACAUCCAAAAGAUUUUCCCGAUGAUUUAUUAUAUGUAAUACGUGAGCAUCCAAAUAUAUGUAAAAAUAUUCAUUUACCAUGUCAAAGCGGAAGUACAAUAGUUCUUGAACGUAUGAGACGUGGUUAUACAAAAGAAGCUUAUCUCGAAUUAGUCGAUCAUAUUCGUUCCAUUAUUCCGGAUAUAUCUAUCUCAAGUGAUUUUAUAUCCGGAUUUUGUUCUGAAACAGACGAAGAUCAUCAACAUACUCUUGAAUUAAUUCGAAAAGUUAAAUACAAUUAUAUUUAUUCAUUUCUCUAUAGUAUACGUGAAAAAACAAAAGCAUAUUAUCAUUUAAAAGACGAUAUACCACGAGAGAUUAAAGCACAACGUCACCAUGAUAUUAAUGAAAUAUUUCGAUCUGAUGCAUUAAAAUUAAAUUCAAAUUAUAUUGGACAAACACAUCUUGUACUUGUCGAAGGAAUAAGUAAACGUUCACAAGAUGAAUAUAUUGGUAGAAAUGAUUAUAAUACAAAAGUAAUAUUUUCAAAAAAAACAUUAAAAAAUAUAGAAUUAAAUCCAGGUGAUUAUGUUGCUGUUCGUAUUGAUACGGCUACAUCAGAAUCGUUGCGUGCAACACCAUUAUAUCGAACAACAUUAAAAAAAUUUUACGAUAUUUCUAUUAGCACGUGA